AAGUCGCAAGGCUUUUGCAGCCCUUUAUCAUGGAUGGAAACUUAGACUUCCCCAUAAUGAACGCAGAAACGAUUUACAGAAAUAUAUCAUAUAAUAGACCCCAUCCUAGGAUUAAACUCAUAAGAAUGAGAGGGAUCCUGCGUUCCUUAGUUUCAGCUACCAACAUAACGACUAAUGAAUGUGCUGUUAGUAGGGCUACGGAUAUGUUGUUGGGAGCUGCUACUGUUCAACAAAGGACCGUUUUGAAAACUUUAGCUAAUGAAGUCAAUGAAAUAAUCAAAAGUUAUCAAUAA